AAUAGCCCACAGGGGUGUUAGUUUUUCUAACUAAACACCCUGUACAGACAGUGAGUGAGACGGAGCUCAGAACAGCAAGAAGAACAUGAGAGCUGGAACCAUUCUGAUCCUCUGGGGACUGGUUGUGGUUUUUCCACCUGGAGUCAUAGGUGAAGAAUGGGCUGUAUGGUAUCAACCAAAUGCAGUCUGUGCUGUGAGAAGAUCUACUGUGGUCUUUCCCUGUCAGUAUAUGUAUCCAAAAUCAUAUAGUGUGAUGAGAGUCAUAUGGUGUCAGAAUCAGUCUUACUGUCUAAACACACCGCUUGUCUAUGACAGUGAUGGUUCUGGCAUUCUGGCCAGAGUAGUGUAUUUGGGGGACAAAACGAAGAACUGUACAUUAAUGAUAAAGGGUAUUAAAUACGCUGAUGCUGGAGUGUAUAGAUUCAGGUUUGAAACCAAUGUCAGUACAGGAAAAUAUACUGGUUUGUCUGGAGUGACUCUGCAAGUAGAUGAAUUAAAGGUGGUGAUGACCUCAUCUAGAGGAAAUGGAAUAUUGAUAGAAGGAGAUUCUGUGAAUCUGACAUGUAGCACUCAGAGCUGCUCUCUCAGCCAAACAGAAUUCAUCUGGUUUAAGGACAACCAGCAAUUCCCAGAAACACAAUCCACACUUCACUUCAAACCUGCCUGCAAAUAUGACUCGGGAAACUACUCCUGUGCUUUAAAAGGCAGUAAGGAAACUAUGUCUAGCAUGUUGAAGUUUACUGUUAAUGGUAGUACAUGGACUGUAUAUUAUUCAGAGAAAACCCUGUGUGCAGUGAGAGGAUCAACUGUUGUCAUUCAAUGUGGAUAUGAUUAUCCUGAGUCAUACAAUGUGGAGUCGAUGAUGUGGAGUCAUAAUACUGAGAACUGUACUGGAAAACAGUAUACCUGGUACAGUAAUAAUACAAACAUUAGUGCUGAGUACAGAGACAGAGCAGAGUUCUUGGGGAACAAAGUGAAGAACUGUACACUAAAGAUAAAAAAUGUUACAACGAUUGAUGCUGGAGUGUAUAGAUUCAGAUUUACAACUAAUGGAUGUGAAGAGUGUGGUCAACCUGGAGUGACCCUUCAAGUUGAUGAAUUAAAGGUGGUGAUGACCUCAUCUAGAGGAAAUGGAACAUUGAUAGAAGGAGAUUCUGUGAAUCUGACAUGUAGCACUCAGAGCUGCUCUCUCAGCCAAACAGAAUUCAUCUGGUUUAAGGACAACCAGCAAUUCCCAGAAACACAAUCCACACUUCACUUCAAACCUGCCUGCAAAUAUGACUCGGGAAACUACUCCUGUGCUUUAAAAGGCAGUGAGGAAAUUAUGUCCAGCAUGUUGAACUUUACUGUUAAUGGUAGUACAUGGACUGUAUAUUAUUCAGAGAAAACCCUGUGUGCAGUGAGAGGAUCAACUGUUGUCAUUCAAUGUGGAUAUGAUUAUCCGGAGUCAUACAAUGUGGAGUCGAUGAUGUGGAGUCAUAAUACUGAGGACUGUACUGGAAAACAGUAUACAUGGUACAGUAAUAAUACAAACAUUAGUGCUGAGUACAGAGACAGAGCAGAGUUCUUGGGGAACAAAGUGAAGAACUGUACAUUAAAGAUAAAAAAUGUUACAACGAUUGAUGCUGGAGUGUAUAGAUUCAGAUUUACAACUAAUGGAUGUGAAGAGUGUGGUCAACCUGGAGUGAGUCUUCAAGUUGAUGAAUUAAAGGUGGUGAUGACCUCAUCUAGGGGAAAUGGAACAUUGAUAGAAGGAGAUUCUGUGAAUCUGACAUGUAGGACUCGGAGCUGCUCUCUCAGCCAAUCAGAAUUCACCUGGUUUAAGGACAACAAACCAAUAUCAGAAACAAACUCCACACUUUACUUCAAUCCUGUGUUUUACCAAAACUCUGGAAAAUAUUCAUGUGCCUUAAAAGGAUACAGAAACACAGUGUCUGAUCCUGUCCUAAUAACUUGUCAAUCUACAGCUAACCCGACAACAUUAAUACUAGUGAUUGUGGGAGUCCUAGGCUGUUUGGCUCUUUUAGCUGUAGUAGGAUGCAUAAUGAGUCUGUCUCACAGAAGGAAAACAGAGUCACUGAAUGAGAAGAAUGACAGAGGGGGGCAAACACAAAUUAAUGAAGACAAUCCAAAAAUCAAAGAGUCUGACAUUUCCCAGAUUGGGAACCAGACACAGGAAGUUGCAUCGCAAAAGGAGGAAGUCAGUUAUGCUUCUGUUCAGCUUAACACCAAAGAAUCCGGACAAAAGAAGACAGAUUUGCUGAAUGAGAAUGACAGAGGGAAGAAACUACAAAUUACAGAAGAUGAUUAUGUGUACAUUACAACACCCAAUAUUUCCCAGAUCAGGAACCAACAAAAGGAAGUUUCACCUCAGAAGGAGGAAGUCUGUUACGCUUCUGUUCAGUUUAAUACUGAACAACCCAAAACAGAGUAUGCUGCCAAUGACAAGGCAAGCGAUGAUGAUGCAAUCGUCUACUCUGUGGUCAGAAACACGGCCACCCACAGUUAAACCUGCCUCUACAGGAGCAGCAGUCCAUUGCAGGAGUGAUCAUGUGCAUCAGAGGAGCUGCUGGAGCUGGAGUGACUGCAGAGCACCGUGCAGCUGCCCUGCUCCCUUCUCUCAACUAACCGAGGCGGACCAGAUAUUCUUUUAUUUUUAUUUCUAGUGUGUGCUCCUUCUAUUUUAUUUAGACAUCUAAUAAUCCAGUGUGACUUUUGGCCUCACACCUCCAGGUAUUGAGGUUCAAGUCCUGCCUCUGCUUUGUGUUUGUGGAGUUUGCAUGUUCUCCCUGUGUCACAUGGGCUUCCUCCCGCAGCCUAAAGAUGUGCAUUUACAAUAACCGGUGUCUCUAAAUUGUCCAAAGUGUGUGAAUGAAUCAGACCCCUGCAAUGGAUAUUAAUAGUUAAUGAUUUUGACUAUAGUUGAUGAUGUUAUAUAUACAGUAAAUUACAUGCAAUACAUGUGGCCAUCCUGUUGAAGAUGAACACUUACCUUAUGCCCGAUGCUGUGCCAGAUCCAACCUGUGACCCUGAUCAAGAUAGGUAGUUGGUAGACAGUUAAUUAUCUAUCUAUCAUUAUUGUUUAUUCACCUACAUUAUUCACAAUGAGGGACCGCAUACUGCAAAAGCAUCAUGGCUCAUUUUGGCCUUUGCAUAGUGAAUCCAAGCAAGUACAGUGUUCACCAGAGACACAGGGAUCUCACUUAGGACAGGGAUGUAUAUUUAGUGACAGCUAGAAAUAAGCUUUCUGUGUGUUAACAAUAUCGCUCACUGCAGACCCGUAUUGAUUAUGUGAUUUUGAUUGUUUGAUAAAUUUAAUUUUCAGUUUCUUUCAUUAUCUGUAAGUAAAAGUUUUGAUUUGGUAAAAAAAAAUGAUAUGCAUAUCCUACAAGAA